CAAAAUAAUAUAAAAAUAUUCUUUAUAAUUCUAAUAUAUAUUGCUCUAUAUAUUGCUUACCCUUAUGCUAUUGUUUACAUUUGCUCAUGUUUUCCACGUGUUUUCUCUAAAUACUUUAUAUGAUCAUUUUUUCGAAAGAGCGCAUUGAAAUCCACUAUCGACAAUUAAAGAAGGUCAGAAUCGCGACACGGAUCAAGAUUGAUCCGUGUGGCAAAACAUUUUUAUUCGUUAUAUCGGUGGACGACGUUGCCACGCUCCUGAAUAAUAGUAUGGAAAAAAUAGGAACAUUACAAUGGGAAGACUAUCUGGUCAUAGCAAUUACAUUAUGUAUAAGUGUGGGUAUAGGUAUUUACUACAGAUUCAGUGGUGGCCGACAGAAAACUAUAGAGGAAUAUUUCAUUGCCAGCAGAUCUAUGAGCAUUCUUCCUGUGGGUGUAGCAUUAGUUGUUUCUUUUAUGUCUGCAAUUACGUUGUUAGGAGUUUCUGCAGAAAAUUACACGUAUGGAACACAAUUUGUAGUAAUUAAUUUAUCAUAUCUUAUAGGAACUCCUCUUGUUUGUUAUGGAUUUUUACCAGUAUUUUUUAAACUCCAAGCAACAAGUGCUUAUGAGUAUUUAGAAAAACGUUUCGGAAUAAAAGCUAGAACAUUAGCUAGUUUUGUAUACUGGCUACAACUACUUUUGUAUUCAGGUGUUGUACUUUAUGCUCCUGCUUUAGCAUUGGAGGCUACAACAGGAAUUUCUAAAACUGGCAGUAUUAUUAUCAUUGGAUUAGUCUGUGCUUUCUAUUCAAGUAUAGGAGGCAUUAAAGCUGUGUUAAUUACAGAUGUAUUCCAAGGAUUGCUUAUGUUUAUUUCUGUUUUUGUUAUUAUUAUCACAGCUGCUAAUGAAGCUGGAAGUUUAAAAAGAAUCUGGGAAAUAGCUGAAGAAGGGAAUCGAAUUCAAUUUGAUAGUAUUUCUAUAGACCCCACAGUUCGACAUACUUGGUGGUCACUUAUUUUUGGAGGCUUAUGUACAUUUCUGUCAUUAUAUGGUGUAAAUCAAGUUCAAAUACAACGUAUGCUAACAGUGAAAGAUAUAAAAGCAGCACAAAAAGCACUUUGGUUAUCAUGGCCAAUUUUAUCUUUACUUUCAAUAACUACGUGUUUCUCAGGAUUAGCAAUAUAUAGUAAAUAUUAUAAGUGUGAUCCAUUACUUCAAAAAAGAAUAUCAUCUACAGACAUGUUAAUGCCAUUGUAUGUUAUGGAUACCAUGUCUGAUAAACCUGGUUUACCUGGUCUUUUUAUAGCAGGUAUUUUUAGUGCUGGUCUCAGCACUAUUUCAGCAGCAUUGAAUUCUUUGGCAGCAGUAACAUUAGAAGAUUAUAUAAAACCAACAUAUAAAAAAUGUUGUCAUAAAGAAUUUUCUGUAACCAUAUCCACAACUUUGGCAAAGUUACUUGCCUUUAUUUAUGGAAUUAUAUCUAUUGCUUUAGCAUUUUUAGCACAAUUAUUGGGUGGUGUUUUACAAGCUGGUUUAACAAUAUUUGGAGUAGUGGGUGGUCCACUUCUUGGCCUUUUUACACUCGGAAUGCUUACAGAAACAGCUACAGAAACAGGAUCCGUAACGGGUACUAUUAUAUCCCUAAUAUUUUUAUUUUGGAUUGCAUUUGGACAACCCAGACCUAUACCACCAGCACUACCAGUUAAUGAUAUAGAUUGUUCAAAUGCAACCAUUUCUAUCUUACAAACGCAAUUGAAAUCGGAUGAUUCUUAUUUUUAUCUGUAUCGACUUUCUUAUAUGUGGUAUUGUCCACUUGGAUUUUUGAUGACAUUUAUUAUUGGAUUAUUCCUUAGUUUCUGCUUAAAACAGAUGUUUAAGAAACAAAAAAUUGAGUUGGAUCUCAAUCUGUUUUUUCCUAUAAUAGCAAAACGAAUACAUCGUAGACAAAUGCAAAUUUCGGAUACCAACUCAAAUGAUAUAUUAAAGGAUACUACUACUGCACCAAGAAAGUAUAUUUUCGGUGUUAGUUCUGAUGACAUAGAUAUCAUGGAAGAUGUCAAUACCAGCAAAGUUUAAUUUUUUUUUUCAUUUUUAAUUAAUCAGUUGUGGCUUGAAAUUUGUAGAUUUUUAAACAUUCCAUAUUUAAUUUUAUAAGUUAUAAAAAAAUAUAUAUAAAAUUACAAAAAAUCUAUGAAGUAGAUCUUCAUAGAAAAAAUAAUGACAUGUUCAAAAAAUGAA